CCUUAUUUACACUACUGUGUAUAUUUCUCCAUUUUUUUUCACUUCUCAAAAGUUUUAAUUUUCUUUCUUUUUUUGCUACAAGAGAAGUGAAGCCAAAAUACCCACUUUUUUUUUCCUUUUUCUUUGACUGGUCUAACUUUUAUUUUCAAGAUUUUGCAGCAAUGGUAGCAGAACAACUGAAUCAAGUUAAGGGGUCUUGGCAAGGUGCCUCAUCCAUGAUUAGCUCAAAGUUGGAAACUGUGGCUACUCAGGGAAAGGCCCCGACCUGUCUUGCCUAUGAAAAUAUGCUGAAGGUCAGGAAGCCGUAUACCAUUACAAAACAGAGAGAGAAAUGGACAGAGGAAGAACACCAGAGAUUUCUUGAAGCCUUGAAGCUGUAUGGCCGUGCUUGGCGCCAAAUAGAAGAAUAUGUUGGAAGCAAGACUGCAAUUCAGAUUCGUAGUCAUGCCCAGAAAUUUUUUGCCAAGGUUGCUCGAGAUUCAGGUAAUGAUGGUGAUGAAUCCGUAAAUGCGAUUGAUAUACCUCCUCCUCGGCCAAAGAAGAAACCUCUGCAUCCAUACCCUCGCAAGAUGGUUGAUUCCCCUGUAGCUAACGAGGCAGUUUCAGGUCAGCCUGAAAGGUCUCCUUCCCCAAAUGCAUCAGGAAUGGACAGUGGUUCUCCAGAUUCAGUUUUUUCAGCAAUCGGUUCAGGUGUUUCUGAAUAUCCAUUUGCUGAGCAGCAAAGCUCUUGCUUUUCACCAGCCUCUUGUACUACGGAUGCACACACUGCAAAUAUAAUCUCUGCAGAGAAUGAUAAUGAAAGUAUGACCUCAAACUCCAACACGGUGGAGGAAAUAAAACCAGUAGCUGCUAGUACCAGCCCGAUUACCAAGUCUGUCAUGGAAUGUGAUAUAGUUCACAGGGAAACUUCGUGUAAUGGUGAAAAGCUAGCUGUUGAAGCACCUUUGGCAAGUAUCAAGCUGUUUGGACAGACGGUUUCUGUACCAGAUGCCAAUAACCUUGCUCUACGAGCUACAGAUAAUUGCAACUCGAUGCCAUCUAAAACCACAGAAAAGGAAAUCGAGAUCAACAAUGAAAAUGUGCUUCAUGGCUUCCAAGCUAACCAUGCAAAUUCACCGUUUAUUCUUGCCAUGGCUCCAAGCAAUAUGAUUCUACCAGCUUCUUGGUUGUCACAAAACAAUCCUGAGAGUACUGCUGCCUUCCCUACUACAAUUUCUUGGUGGUCCUGGUACCAAGAUCUUGUAUAUCGAUCUAUCUCAUCGAGCGGCCAAACCACCACUGCUCCUUGUCAAGGACCGAAAGAUGAAGAACCUCAAAGAGAGGGAUCGUCGACCGGUUCAAGCACUGGCUUAGCUAGUGAAGUUGAUGACGGAAACAGGAGUUCUGAAACUGUUGAGUCCAAAUGUACGACCAAGAGCAGUAAGGGAUUUUUACCAUACAAAAGAUGUUUAGCAGAGAGGGAUAGCAAGUCAUCAGGGGCUGUUCUAGAAGAGAGAGAAUCACGAAGGGUCCGUGUGUGUUCAUAGCACUUCUUAUUACAGUUUCCUCUCUUAGCAAAUCGUCAUGAUCAGCCAGAAGUUCUGUUCUGCACAGCAUUUCUGUUUGGCUGUUAAGGAGUUUUAGGUUUGCAGAUAAUCUAGUUCGGGAGGUCUGACGUUUACAACCGGCAUUUUCAAAAACUUUUUACCAUUUUCUUUUCUUUUCUCUUCCUACCAUAUUUUUUCAGUUGGACAUGAAACUGUGCACAACUGAGUUUGUAGCCAAAAGAUGCACAGCUGCGAUUUUCCCUUUCAACUCGCAUAGCAGUUCUGUAUUUUACUCGUGUAACUCUUUGCAGUGUUUUAAUGAAGCCACUUUGAUGUUA